GUUGUGAUGGUGUACACGGUAAUUUCCACAUUUUUUAAUACAUACUAGAGAUAGUGUUGUCUAAGCGGCAUUGAGUUCUAGAUCGUUUUAAUUAAAUAUAGUCUUUCAUCGAGUGAAUUAAGACAACAUGGCACUGUUGCAGGGUGGUGACACAAGUGCUAUGCAGAUGGCCGGUAUGCCUGGAAUGCCCGGUAUGCCCAUGAUGGGCAUGCCAGGGAUGGGCGGUAUGCCAGGCAUGCAGCACCCCGGCAUGAUGCACCACACCAUGCCUAUGGCACCAAUGGGCAACAUCGGCAUGCCCGGCGUUGCCAUGCCGACCAUGCCGCCGGGUAUGCCGCCCGCGCCGUUGCCGGGCGCGCCUCCACUGCCCGCGGCUCCGCCUCCAGGCGGGGACUUCAAUGCACCUAUCUACGAUUUGCAGCAGAUCGGCGAUGUUUACACUGGCCCAGGCGCCAAAUGCUCAACUCUCCCCGCGAUCCUCGGCGGCUCGCUACCCCGUCUAUCCAGCGAGCAAGCGGACGCGGUCGCUCGCGCCAAGAAGUAUGCGAUGGAACAGAGCAUCAAGAUGGUCCUGAUGAAGCAGACGCUAGCUCACCAGCAGCAGCAGAUGGCUUCGCAGAGGACGCAGGUGCAGCGGCAGCAGGCGCUGGCUCUCAUGUGCAGAGUAUAUGUUGGCUCCAUCUCAUUCGAGUUAAAGGAAGACACAAUCCGGCAAGCGUUUUUACCGUUCGGCCCGAUCAAGAGCAUCAACAUGUCUUGGGACCCUGUCACGCAAAAACAUAAGGGCUUUGCAUUCGUCGAAUACGAGAUACCAGAAGCGGCACAGCUCAGCUUGGAACAGAUGAACGGCGUGAUGCUGGGCGGGCGCAACAUCAAGGUCGUAGGGCGGCCCAGCAAUAUGCCACAAGCUCAGGCCGUCAUUGAUGAGAUACAGGAGGAGGCAAAGCAAUACAACCGUAUCUACGUAGCGUCAGUUCACCCCGAACUCAGUGAAGACGACAUCAAGAACGUAUUCGAGGCGUUUGGGCCCGUCACGUACUGCAGGCUGGCGCAUGGUGCGCAGGCUACCAGGCAUAAGGGCUACGGAUUCCUAGAGUACGCGACCCUGAACGCGGCUCUAGAAGCCAUAGCGUCGAUGAACCUGUUCGACCUGGGCGGGCAGUACCUGCGCGUGGGGCGCGCCAUCACGCCGCCGCACGCGCUGGCCGGGCCGCCGCCGCCGCAGGCCAUGCCCACCGCCGCCGCCGUGGCCGCCGCCGCCGCCACUGCUAAGAUACAGGCAAUGGACGCCGUAGCCAGCAACGCCGUCGCACUAGGCCUGACCAAGCUGAACGCGCUCGGCGUGUCCCCGGCCGCGGCGCUGCCCUCCCUCGCGGCCGCGCUGCCCGGGGCGCUGCCCGCCAGCCUGCCCGUGUCGUUGCCGGCGGCGCUGCCGGCGCUGCCCGUCACGCUGCCCGCGGCGCUGCCGGCCGCGCUGCCCGCCGCGCUGCCGCCGCCCGGCGUGGUCAUCCCGCCGCCGCCCGUGUCCGCGAGACCGCAGCCGCCUCCACAGGCCCAACCACCACCAGUAUCAGCCGCAUCAGCAGCAGCCACAGGCGAAGCCGGCCUUCAAGCAGCCCUUCAGAAGAAACUCCUGGAUUCCUCCCCCGACACACUUCAACAACAAGAAUCAUUAUCCAUCUCCGGACAGUCAGCGCGGCAUCUAGUCAUGCAGCGGUUAAUGAGGCGGCGUGUGUCCCGUACUGUGUUACUAGCCAACAUGGUCGCUCCUGAGGAGGUUGAUGAAGCUUUACACCAUGAGAUUCAGGAGGAAUGCGGCAAAUGGGGCGCGGUGGAGCGGCUAGUGAUCUACAAUGAGCGACAGAGCGAGGACGAUGACCCCGCGCACGCACUAGUCAAGAUAUUCGUGCAGUUCCAAAACCCCGACGAGGCGGCAGCGGCGGCGGCGGCGCUAAACGGGCGCUACUUCGGCGGCCGCACCGUGCGCGCCGCGCUCUACGACCAGGAACUCUUCGACCACGGCGACCUCUCCGGCUAGCCACCAGCCGUGGCGUUACUCCCCGCGUAAUCUAGGCUCAACAAUAAAGAGACAACUGACAAGAGAAGAAACAUCGUUAUCGAUAUUCGCUCCGUGCAUGACUGUAACGCCAACGAUUUGAGACAUAUUUGCAAUGACGCGUACACUUUGUAUCAUUCGCGUUCUACGACCAUGGCGACCUCCGGCUAGCCACCACCGGCCGUGUAAAUACUCCUGUUGUAAUCUAGGCUCAACAAUAAAGCGAAGUAUAAAAUUGUCGUCUAAGUUGUACGUUGGCAUCGUUUAUAUACAGAUAAAUAGUGCAUAAUCUUUUACCGUCGUAUUUUUUUGGAAAACGUACAAAUAUGUCAUGCUAUUUCAGUCAGUCUAAUGCAAAAGUAAAUAAGUACUUACUACGGUUGACUGAACUAGCAUGAAAAAUAACGAGAAAAUACGAUGCUACAUGUACAUAUCUGUAUUUCUCUCACCACGAACAUUGGUUGUAAAAUGUAUUCGAAUAGUAAUGUGUGACACUUAGUUCCUUUUUCGUAACUAUACUUACUAUUUUCUGAUUAAUGUACUAAAGGCAGAAAUAUUGAAUCUUGCUCGAUCGUUUCAAAGACUUUAUAUUUAAAAUUUACAUUUAUUUUAUUUACAUCUACUGAAGUAAAAAUCGUUUAAAUGAACUCUUUCAUGUGUAAAUUGUAUUUUAUUUCUUAAAUCAAAAGUUACGAAAACGGAACAAUGAAAUAAAACUAUGUAAACGGGUAAAAAGUUACUAAAAUUAUCCAUGAGUUAGUGUCCAGUAUGUAUUGGAAGUUGUAUACAAUUUUUGACUUAGUUUGAUAAACUGUAAAAUGUUACUUGGUAUGUCAGAACGUAUUAGUACCACAUUUUGUAACAAGAGAAUGAGUAUUUAUAAUUUGUGGGUUUAAGAUACUUCUUAAAUAACAUUUUUGCACUUAACAAUUUCUCUUGUUAGAUUUUUUUACGCUAACUCGUUUUGACCCUGAAGAUUGGUGGCAAAAGAUCUAAGUAUAAUAAAACUAGUUUUACGUAUGAUUAUAAUUGUUAAUAAAUUAUUUGUAAGACAA